AGGGGUUAUGCUUGUCAUGCCCUCUGAUUCUAAAGAAAGAAAUGAAUUUGAAGGAAGACUCGCAAGAUUUCCUGAGAUUAUUGUUCAGGAAGUUGAGCUACCUUCCAACUGUGAUUAUUUCUCUGCUGCUAGUAAAGCUUUUGAAUCUGAAAUUGUUACCCAAGUGAAGAAAUCAGACAAGAAGGAAGUUGGUUAUGUAGCAACUACUGCUAAAGGCCUUUCACAUAUCGAGUCUGGUCCUGAGUUUCUCAAAGAUGAUACAAAUAAAACAACAGACAAAUGUGGCAAUCAGGGUGAAAAAACUUCAGCUCCAUGGUUUGACGAAAAUUCUAAUACAAGUUCUGCGAAUGAACAAAUUCAUGGGUUGAAAUGCCUUAGUGAGCUGUUUGAUGAUGAUAUAGAAAAACAGAGAAGAGAUGAUAUACCUAGACAUGUUAAAGAAAGGGAAGCGCAUUCAAAAAGUCAGAAAAAGCAGCAGCGUCAACUGGAAAGUAGGAUAGUUUCUUGUGAAGUAAAUUGUACCACAUUGCAUGAUACAAUUCGUUAUUAUGUAAUUGGAUUAUUGGAAUGUUUUUGA